CGUGCUCGGCCCCUCCGCCACCCCUUGCUAAGGGAGGCUGGGCAGCGAGACUGUGCCUGACACGGGGCUCGGUCCCCAAGCCCACUAAGUGGACACAGGGACUGACGGCCAGACUUGUCCUCCACCCCACUGGCGGGCAUGGUGGUGGCUCAGCCACCCACACACAAACAAACGCCAUCAAACAGCAAAAGAGCAGAGAAACACCGCCCCAGCAGCAGGGAGCUACGGCAGGAGGAUGGCAGCUCCCCGGGGCCGGCUGUGAGCCAGGCAAAUCUGGGCCACAGGCUGGGGGCGUGGCUCAGGGGUAAAGUGAAGUACGAAGACCCAAGUUCGAGUCCCCAGGGUCCACCCGGAAGCCAGCACAGUGUCUGUGCACCAGUACCUAUACCUGUCGUGUCCUGGGCAGCUGGGGGCAGCGGGAGUUGGCAGGACGGCCCAGCCGGUCAGUGAGGCCCAGGUUCUCUGAGAGGCCCCUGCCUCAUACAGGGUGGGGAGCGACCGAGGAAGACACCCAGCCCCGUGACAUCACCCCCGUGACAUCACCACAAUAGACGGGGCAGGGGACAUAGAACUGAGCCCCAGCACUGGGGUUACAGCUCGGUUGUCGUCAGGAGUUUGGGGUGCUGAUGUGGGUCCCACGUGGCACAUUUCCGCCUGGGCUCUCUUUGCAGCUGCCUGGCACACGUCCCUUUACAUGGCUGCAUAGUACUCUGCUCAGGGACACAGCAUGACUUCAUCCAGAUGCUGGGGUGGGAGCCAGAGUCUCCGGAAUGCGAAGCCCCACUCUGCCGCCGGUGUGUGUGUGUGUGUGUGUGUGUGUGUGUGUGUGUGUGUGGACGGCACCUGGGAGAAUUGCCUUGCACACAGGGCCUAGGGCGCCGUCUUCAGUGCUUAUCCGGAGCAGGAAGAGGCCCCCCACACAGCGUGGCCACAUUGUCGCUGGCACUGAGAGCUCCGGGCUGUGAAGACUGACUCCAUGCCGCUGUGUGGCGGCCGCCCCAUGACAUGGGGGAUUCUCUGUCCUCACCAGCACCUCAGUGCUGACUGAACUCAGUGCAUCAGGCGGGGAGGGGGUGGUGGUGGGGCAGGGCGUGGCUGUCCCCGAGAACCAGGUCUCAACCAGGGCGUGCCUCGCACGGGGCUCAGGGAGUCAGGGCGAGCGGACGCAGGGCCCCGGACGGACUCUGGGCCCCACGUGGGUCAGAGGAAGGGGCACUCAGGGGUCGGUGGGGUGGGGCUCAGCGCAGGGAAGGCACCGAGGCCGGGGUCAGGGCUCCGGUUCGCGGUCUGGCUCAGAUUUUGGCUCAGCCCGGGUCAUAGACACCUGUGAUUGACACCCAGGCUGGGUCACGCCCCUCUCCCGGCCCCUCCCUCGUGGCCCCCUGGUGGUGGUGACCCUGGUCGCAGGGUGCCGGAAGUGGGGUCCCUGCCCACUCCCGCCCUACCCUUCCUGGAACCCCACCCCCAGAGGUACACCCGACGCCCUCAGGCCUGCUGGAGGGGGCUGGUGACACCCACAGGCCGGGGUCGCGGGUCACAGCCACCCCAGCUCCUGAGGGAGACCCCGUUUCCCCACCCUUCCUCAGCUCCUGACUCUGUCGCCCCCUGCCCAGUUCCCUGAUGUACACAACCUUCCUGCCUCAGUUUCCCCUGCUAGCAAAGCCGAAUGCAAAACCCUCUUUAGGCUGGGCGCAGCCUUUAAUCCCAGCACUCGGGAGGCAGAGGCAGGCGGAUUUCUGUGAGUUCGAGGCCAGCCUGGUCUACAGAGCGAGUUCCAGGACAGCCUCCAAAACAAUACAGAGAAACCCUGUCUCGGAAAAAACAAAACAAAAAAUAAAUAAAUAAACAAAAGCCGUCUUUAGUCGGCGCUGUCCAGGGGUUGCAGGUGCUCUCGCACAUUGAUUAGGCGCCUGUUGUGUUUGGGUGACAUUAAUUAAGCACCUACUUUGUGUGGAUGGCACAGGGUUAUUGUGGUUGUUGUUGUUUGAAGACAAGGUCUCUCUGAUAUGUAGACCAGGCUGGCCUGGAACUCAUGGAGAUCUGCCUGCCCUUCCUCCCAAGUGCUGGGACAAAGGCUGCACUGCUACACUCACCGUGGCACACACUUAUUAAACAUUGCAAACACUGAUUAAGCACCAGUGAGUGGCUCAGUGGGCAAAGAUGCUUGGGGGCCAAGUCCUGAGGACAGAGGUCCGUUCUGAGACCCACGCGGCCCCAUAGGUCCAUCCCUGACCCGGCAUGCGCUGUCCCUACACACCAAAAACAAACAAGGGUAACGAACAGUUUAAAAAGUCCACGAAGCACCCGCUGUGCGUUUGGGUGACAGUUCCUUGCUGCGCACCAGUGACAAACGUUUAUGAUGGAACUUCUGUGCGUGGUGACAAGCAUAUAAAUUAGCAAGCUGGGAGACACUUGGGGCUGGGCUGGCAUUAGGCGGUGCCCACUGUCCCGUAGUGAUAGCCCCCUCCCCAUGCACUGGCUCCCAUCCUCAGGACCCUGGGGGGCACUGAGCAGGGGCGGGGGGUGCCGGAAGGCUCCUCCUGUCCCCCUCAACCGUUGUUCAGGAUGCCCCUCCCUGCCCUAGACUCACCCCCACCCACCCAGAGGCACCUUGAGCAUACAUAACAGGAAAUUUCAAACAACAGGAAACCCAGGCCAGGCUGCGACUCCACCCUGCCAGGGGCCUCUGUCAGUAUGUCCCCGGGGGAGGCCAUGAACAUCAGCACCUGGUCCUGUCACCGGCUGGCGGCCAGCGGUCACAGCCUCCUCAUUGUCCUGCACUACAACCACAGUGGGCGGCUGGCCGGCCGCGGGGGCCCCGAGGACGGUGGCGGGCUGGGGUCGCUGCGGGGACCGUCGGUGGCUGCCGGCUGCCUGGUGGUGCUGGAGAACGCCGUGGUGCUGGCCGCCAUCGCCACCCGCAUGCGCUCGCGCCGCUGGGUCUACUACUGUCUGCUGAACAUCACCCUGAGCGACCUGCUCACCGGCCUGGCCUACGUGGUCAACGUACUGCUGUCGGGGACGCGCACCUUCCAGCUGUCCCCUGCGCACUGGUUCCUGCGGGAGGGCCUGCUCUUCAUGGCCCUGGCCGCAUCCACCUUCAGCCUGCUCUUCACGGCGGGGGAGCGCUUCGCCACCAUGGUGCGGGUGGCCGAGAGCGGGGCCACCAAGACCAGCCGUGUGUACGGCUGCAUCGGGCUGUGCUGGCUGCUGGCGGCCACGCUGGGCCUGCUGCCCCUCCUGGGCUGGAACUGCGUGUGCGCCUUCCCACGCUGCUCCAGCUUGCUGCCCCUCUACUCCAAGGGCUACGUGCUCUUCUGCGUGGUGGUCUUCGCCCUCAUCCUGGUGGCCAUCCUGGGCCUCUACGGGGCCAUCUUUAGGGUGGUCCGGGCCAACGGGCAGAAGUGCCCGCGCGCUCCUGCCCGCCGCAAGGCCCGGCGGCUGCUCAACACGGUGCUGAUGAUCUUGGUGGCCUUUGUAGUGUGCUGGGGUCCCCUGUUCGGCCUGCUACUGGCUGACAUCUUCGGUUCCAACGUCUGGGCCCAGGAGUACCUGCGUGGCAUGGACUGGAUCCUGGCUCUGGCCGUGCUCAACUCGGCCAUCAACCCCCUCAUCUACUCCUUCCGCAGCCGCGAGGUGCAGCGGGCAGUGCUGGCCUUCCUCUGCUGCAGCUGUCUCUGGUUAGGCCUGCGGGGUCCUGGUGACUGCCUGAUCCGGAUCACCGAGGUCCACUCUGGUGCGUCCACCACUGACAGCUCGCUGAGGACCAGGGACAGCUUUCGGGCUUCCAGGUCACUCAGCUUCAAGAUGCGAGAACCGCUGUCCAGCAUUUCCAGUGUCCGGAGCACUUAGAGCUUGAACCCGCCAGUUGCCAGAGCAAGUGCUGCCCGGGCCUUCCUGGGAGAGGUGAGAAGGGACCGGACACAAGAUCCCGGCCUGCUGGUGACAGGGAACAUGCCGGCAGGUGCCAGGAUCUGUCCACGAAGCCCUACCCCCCUUGUGCUGAACGUCUGGCGAGCAGAGAGUGGCUGGAUCCAGAUCUGUUGGGUCUGGGCCUCACUUUCACCAGGAGGCAAGGGGGCAUUCCAUGUCUGAGUUCACCUACAGGACGGGCACUGCUCUGAGUCACAUGUGGGCAUGUCGGGUGGGGGCUGCUGUAGCGCCUGACCUUGUCACACCCAGUGGUGCACAGUGCUGGGGGUGUGCUGAGUUGGGGGGCAGCUGCUCCAUCCGUCUGAGGGCAGGCACCUUACUGAUAUGUCGUAAGAGCUGGUGGGGCGGGGGACACACCAGUCAGUCCUCCCUCUCGGCAGCGACUUCCCCGUUAGGACAGGCAGCCCACCCCCGGCCUCCAGGACAGCUUCUCAUCUGUGUGGGGAGAACGGACCCACCCACGCCAGGUCUGGGGCAACAUCUUGACCUGGUCCUGUAACCCGAUGGCCUCACCCUUCCGUUUCUGAGUCACGGUGAUGUGCCGUGACAGGGGACAGUUACGAGCCAUGCAUGACCGUGUAAGACUCAUUAAAAUGAGGGAAACCUG